AUGGCUGAAAGAAAGCAACCAAACGGAACUGGAGCUGGGACCGGACAAGUGACGAUGUCUGAAUACAAGAAGGCUCAAGCCAGAGUUCGGGAUUUGGUUGAGAAGCGUAGGGCUCUAGAGCGACGCUUGACACAAGUUGAAGACGGUAUCGCACAGAAAGAAACCAUCUACCUGGACAGUACACCAAGCGGCAACAUCAUCACAGGCUUCGACAAUUACAUGAAAGGCAUGAGCGGCGCGGCAGCACAGCGACGAAAGGUUGGCCCGAUGGAACAAAAUCGAGUCUUUUCGCGAUCAUCGAUCUCAUACCGACCAAACAAUCUGGAGGGCAUCACCCCGGGAUCAGGGGGUUCGACACCAGCUGGCGCGACGCCUUCCUCUGCCGCUUUUCGUGACGGACCUUCGAACCAUCCGACGCCGACAUCUACAACAGCGGCUAAGAAUGUGAACAAGUCAAAGAAGAAGACGGUCGAGCAUGAGGAUAGUGAAAAUGACACAUCAACGAGCAAGAAGCGCACGAAUUUUGGAGCGCAGCGCAAAUAA